CCACCAACUCUCACAGCUACUACAUUCCAGCUCAUUAUUCUGACGAUACUUUAGGCCCGGAGUACACGGGUCGGUAUUGGAGCAAUAUGAAGAGCCUCAGGCGUGAUUUUUUCUCAGAUCCGCAUACCGCAAAUGUAACCAGCAAAGUCUUCGUUCGAUCAACGAAGAGCGGCAAAGUCCAGAAAAUUGUACGCGAGCUUUACCUGCGGCAAGACAUUCCUUGCUCGUCGAGACUAUGCACGAUAUGCCCAACGGUCGCCCCGGAAGAUGCAAAUGGAAACAUUGCGCCUUUCGUUCUAUCGGAGCAGCCCGCAGGGACAACCGCUUUCCCCCGCGGCCACUAUAUUGUCCCUGACACGAAUGCGCUUCUGAAUGGCAUGGAUCUGUUUGAGCAUACCGGGGCAUUCUACGACGUCAUUAUUCUCCAAACCGUCCUUGAAGAGCUGAAGAACCAAUCGCUACCCCUCUACAACCGCCUCCUCGCCCUGAUCAAAACCGACGAGAAACGUUUUUACCUUUUCUUCAAUGAGUUCCGUCUUGAGACGCACGUAAAGCGAGGUCCGGAUGAGUCGAUUAACGAUAGGAAUGACCGCGCCGUGAGAACCGUAGCAAAAUGGUACUCGGAGCAUUUGCGCGCAGUGACAAAGAGCAAGAAGGAGAAGGCUGUUCCGGCAAUUGUGGUCAUUACAGACGAUAAGGAGAACCUGCGCAAAGCAAAGGAGGAGAAUGUGACGGCGUUGUCAUUGGAAAAUUAUGUCAGCGGGUUGGAGGAUGCAGACAAACUGCUCGAUAUGAUCAACGAAUCCAGAGAAGCGAGACACGCAAAGGAAACCAGCGGCGAGCUGUUCUAUCCGGAAUACUACUCGAUGUCGAAGAUGAUGACGGGCUUGAGAGCCGGGAACCUACACCAAGGCGUGUUCAAUGUCUCGCCAUACAACUACCUGGAGGGUUCUAUCAAAGUCGCAGCAUUCGAUAAACCUCUUAUUAUCAUGGGCCGGCAUAACAGUAAUCGAGCUAUCUCUGGAGAUGUGGUCGUCAUUGAAGUACUGCCUAAGGACCAGUGGAAGUCGCCAUCAACUAAGAUUGUGGAAGAGGAAAUCGUUACCAAGAAUGAUAACCCUGAGGCUGGAGAUAAUGAAGCAGUUGUGACCGAGAGAGAACAAAGGGCGCUCCAAGAGGAGGUGAGACAAGCCCACGGCAAGAACUUGGAGGGGCGGCCGCAGCCGACAGCUAAAGUUGUUGGUGUCGUCAAGCGAAACUGGCGGCAAUAUGUUGGAACCGUUGAUUCAAGCUCUACCAGUUCCCAGACUACCGGCAGGCGCCAACAGAAUGUCUUCGUUCUUCCAAUGGACAAGAAGGUGCCCAAGAUCAGGGUCCGGACGCGACAAGCCGCGGAUCUAUUAGGCCAGAGGAUUCUAGUAACGAUUGAUGCUUGGAACCGCGACUCUCGAUAUCCCACUGGACACUUCAUUCGCUCACUUGGAGAGCUGGAAACAAAAGGAGCCGAAACAGAAGCGUUGCUACUUGAAUGGGAUGUGCAAUACAAACCCUUCCCCAAGUCUGUACUGGACUGCCUUCCGUCAGAAGGUCAUGACUGGCGAGUACCAGAAAGCAAGGAUGAUAAAGGGUGGAAUGGACGCCGGGAUCUUCGAGAUCUUCUAAUUUGCAGUAUUGAUCCUCCAGGAUGUCAGGAUAUCGAUGACGCUCUGCACGCACGUCAGCUGCCGAAUGGUAACUUCGAAGUCGGUGUGCACAUCGCAGAUGUCUCCCAUUUCGUCAAACCGAACAACGCAAUGGAUCUUGAGGCCAGUGUCCGCGGAACAACAGUCUAUCUAGUCGACAAGCGUAUCGACAUGCUUCCCCAUCUUCUCGGUACGGAUCUCUGCUCACUCCAACCCUAUGUUGAACGUUACGCGUUUUCAGUCCUUUGGGAAAUGACGCCCUAUGCGGAAGUCGUGUCUUCGGACUUUACAAAGUCUGUAAUUAGAUCCCGUGAGGCUUUUAGCUACGAACAGGCUCAACUACGCAUUGACGACCCGUCAAAGACGGACGACCUGACUCAAAGCAUGCGCACCCUUCUCCAUCUCUCAAAAAUUCUCCGCCAAAAGCGUAUGGACGCCGGCGCACUCAACCUCGCUUCUCCCGAAGUCCGAAUUGAAGCGGACAACGACGAAGUUGGCGACCCGCUAGCAGACGUAAAGACUAAGGCAAUGCUCGCAACAAACAGUCUUGUCGAAGAGUUCAUGCUUCACGCCAACAUCACCGUCGCCGCCAAAAUCUACAGCACCUUCCCUCAAACCGCUAUGCUUCGCCGUCACGCUACACCUCCACCUCAAAAUUUUGAAGAACUCAUCAACCAGCUCACCAAGAAGCGUAACAUGCGUCUCGAUGUCUCCAGCUCUGGCGCCCUCGCCGACUCCCUCGACCGCUGCACAGACGCCGAAAAUCCAUUCUUCAACACUCUCGUCCGCAUCCUCGCUACUCGCUGCAUGACCUCUGCCGAGUACUUCUGCGCCGGUGCCCACGCCGAGUCCGAAUUCCGCCAUUACGGUCUCGCCUCUCCCAUCUACACGCACUUCACCUCGCCCAUCCGCCGCUACGCAGACCUACUCGUCCACCGGCAACUCUCUGCUGCAAUCAACUAUGAGGGUGAAGACGGCCGCGCCACAAUCGAGGGCUCCAUCACCCGCAACCGCCUCGAGGAUAUCUGCCGAAACAUCAACUACCGCCACCGCAACGCGCAGCACGCCGGCCGCGCCAGCAUCGAGUACUACGUCGGGCAGGCGCUCAAGGCGCGCGGCGAAAAGCUCGCCGCCGAUGGCGUUGACUCGGGUAUUGAAGAAGACGGCUACGUCAUGCGUGUCUUCGAAAACGGGGUUGUGGUCUUUGUUCCACGUUUCGGAAUCGAAGGAGUCGUCCGGUUGGAAGAUUUCGUGCUUCCCGGUGACUCGACAAAUCGCUCUGUGGAAGAGAGGCGGGAGCUUGUGACCCGGCGUGAGAGUGACUUUGAUGCCGAGGAGUAUACCCUCAAGGUUACGGAGAAGGGACACGAGUCGAGCGAUCGCGCGAUGGGAGUGGAGCUCUUCCAGAGGGUUAGGGUCAAUGUUAGCUCUGUGAAGGAGGAGAGCGGGCGUGGGGUUGGAAAGAGGAGAGUGAGGAUUUUGAUUCUCAACGGGAAAUAAAGACGGGGUUUUAAAUAGAAGAUACUUGGGUAUGUUUAUGAUACGGCGUUGGGGAUGAUGACUACAAAAACAAAAUAUGUAUAGUCAAUCUACGCUUGAGGGAUAUUACGUACUUGAGCAUGAUAUUGACUCAUGAGAUUUCAUCUUAUAGACGGUUCUAUCCAAUGGGUAUAUUAUGUAUAUUUCAGGAUUAGACCUUUCUAGCAGCCACCAUACUACGAACAAGAGUAUGAGGAUACCAAAGUGCCUUCUUCGAAGGCACUGCCGAACAAUGUACACCAGCCUCGCCAAUACCAGCCUCGCCACACUUCUGAACCACACCCGUGCCUUUUUCAUUGCUCCCCGUAGUUGCCGCCGCAGCCAUCUCCUUGACCCGAGUAUUCUCGCCUACCUUCCAACCGCGCACAAGCCACAAACACGCCGCAGCCGCAAUAUACAUCAGCCCUGUAAAGAUCUGAACAUGCAGAUAAACGUGGUCUUCGGCCUUGUUAUUCCUUAGUAGUAACGCAAUGGGCUCCGCGACUGUUGUCGGUGGGACGAGGACGAGCCAGGUUAUGCUCAGGCCGCCGGGGAGGUCCUUUAGGUCGAUGAUCUCAGCGAGGACUGGGGCGACGGUUGCCCAAUAUGUGCCUGCUACUGUGCCGACGAGGACAGCGAAGAAGGAGACGAGACCCAUGCUCCGGGCGAAUGUCCAGAUUAGCAGACAGAAGACCCCGCAGAGGAAGGAGAGGAAAGUCGCGAUGUUGAUCCGGCCGAGUUUAUCGCUGAACAUUCCCACGAAGGGGCGGCCAAGGCCCUGGCCCAGAUUGAGCAAGGCGCUGAUGAUACUGCUCUGGUGCGCGGAGAGGCCGACUGAGGUGGCGAAGUUGGCGAUACUAAAAAGGAUAGCGACGUAACCGAGCAUGGUGAAGACGCCCCAGCCGAGGAAGAGGAGGAAUUCGGGUCGUUUGAGUAAUGGUAGGUGAAAGGCUCUGUAGCGGCUUCCGACGGCUUUGUUGCGGUCUCGUAGCAGGUUUGCGCAUACGAGGUUCACGACGCAGGCGAGGAUUCCUAGGAUUCGGAACGCCCAGCUCAGUCCGAG